GCUGGGAAGCGCUUCCAGGGAAGUAAGGAGGCCAACCGGAAAAGAACCCGAAGGAAAGGAGACGCCCCAAUCUUGCUACGGUGGCCUGAAAGGAGAGGCGAAGCAACCCAAGAGAAUUGCUCGUUUCUGGGCCUCCGUCGUGAUGUCUUUCAAGAGGGAAGGUGAUGAUUGGAGUCAACUCAAUGUGCUGAAAGGUCCUUACUCCCUUUCAAUCCUCGUCCUUGUCGUUUCCCGUCCGAUCCUUUCUCCUAACUCUCUGAUCCCCCUGUAGAAACGAAGAGUCGGAGAUCUGCUGGCCAGUUACAUCCCAGAGGAUGAGGCGCUGAUGCUACGGGAUGGACGCUUUGCUUGUGCCAUCUGUCCCCACCGACCUGUCCUGGACACCCUGGCCAUGCUGACUGCCCACCGUGCAGGCAAGAAACAUCUGUCCAGCCUGCAGCUUUUCUAUGGCAAGAAGCAGCCAGGGAAGGGAACAGAGCAGAAUCCAAGACAGCAGAAUGAAUUGAGGAGGUCAGAGACCAAAGCUGAGGCUCCUCUGUUAACUCAGACCCGACUUACCACCCAAAGUGCUCUGCACAGAGCUCCUCACUAUAACAGCUGCUGCCGCCGGAAGUACAGACCAGAAACCCCUCGUCCCUCUGUCUCCCAUUUCCCUUUGCCACCCCCAGAGGUUGAACCCAAGAGUGGGAAGAUCAGUAGGGAACCCGUGCCUGGGGCUGGCCCACAGGCCAAGGAGUCAGCAACUGUCUCAUCCUCUGCACCCAUGAGCCCCACGAGAAGACGUGCCCUGGAUCAUUACCUCACCCUUCGAAGCUCUGGAUGGAUCCCAGAUGGACAAGGUCGAUGGGUAAAAGAUGAGAAUGUUGAGUUUGACUCUGAUGAAGAGGAACCCCCUGAUCUCCCUUUGGACUGACACAUUCCAUUCCCCCACUCAGUUCAGAAGUAAAUUUCAGUGGGCUCUGGAAGCUGAA